GUCGGAUGAUUUUGUUCGAUUUUUCGGAUUGACCGCCUUUUUAACACUUCAGAGGCCAAAAACCCCAACUUCUCAUUCUCCUCGGACAAAAACCCUAGUUCCUUUUUUUGUUUAUAUUUUUGCAUUUGGUGAAUCCUUAGGUGUUCGCUGGAGGGAUUACAUUGUUACAAAUUGAGCUGAAUAGGGGUUCUCCAUCUCUGCUUUCCUCUCUGGAGUUUAUUAUGCUCACCGCCAUCUUUAGGUAUUCGAGAUGAGUAGCUGAUCAAUUGGAAGCUCAUGCAGAUCACUGCAAGAAGAUUUACCUCCUUAUCAUCGCGUCCUCGGUACAUAAAGGGUUUAAGAGCUUCCAUAUGCCAUUUGUUUUCAGUGCCCAUAUUUUUUCAUGAUUAAUAUCACUCCAUUCAGGGUUCUUGCAGAGUUCUUUGAGGUAUCAAAUGCGGUACUUCAAUCAAGUGACCAAUGUUGUUGGAGUUCUUCUUCUGCUGCAGUUUCUUCCAACUCUUUUUCCCUACAACAAGUUCGAAAGAAAGUAACCAAGCAAGAAAGGAGUGCAAUGGUAUUAGCUUUUGUUGAGAAAUAUAGAGCUUUGAAUGGCGGGAAAUUCCCAACUAUUUCCUGUACUCAAAAACAAGUUGGUGGAUCAUAUUAUGUGGUAAGAGAGAUUAUUCAGGAAUUGGAACAUAGUCAUAAGAGGACACCUCUAGAAACUAAAAAGGAAAUCAAGAUUAGUGAGGAAAAGAUCGAGUUUGAAGACUUUUCUUUGACAAAAGAACCUUGUAUUUUAGCUGAUGCUAAACAAUCUUCUUUUAAAGAGUAUAUCGGCAAUAGUAUUGAAGUUAGGAAGCAGCAUUCAAGUUCUAAAAGCAAGGCAGGCACUACAACUUCUAGGUUGAGUACUGAGGCCCAUUCUGACAAUCAGAUUGAAAGAGAUGCUCAUAGACUGCUUACUCCUUCGAGGGAUAGUAAAGAAAGUCACCAAGACAAGGAUUUGGGUUUUGACAAACUGCAUGUGUCUACUUCUCCAGCAACAGUGAAGCCACAAACUCAUACUUCAGUAGCGUCAAAUACUGAAACAAUGAAUGUGGGACAUCCAGUGUCUGCCAAACUGGAAACUAAAACAAGUAUUUUUCACACUUCCACUGAAGAGAGAGAAGUUUGCAGGAAAGAUGCAGCUUCUGCUGCGAACAUACAUGAGCGAGCCAUUCGAUCAGAAGUCCAUCAUGGCCAACGACAAAUUGUUGAACAAGGCGCACAAUCGACUAAGAGAUCAAUUUUUUGGGGUAAUUUGAAAUCCAUUGCAGUUGGUAUUAUCAACCUAUGGAAAAAGUAGAUUGCACUACUUUCGUCUUCAUUGUUUACCUUACAGGCUCUUUGUAGCUUCUUUCUGAUAUGAUAGAAAGAGAUGAUAAAUAUGCUGCUUCCUCUCAUGAUGGUUGCUUCUGGAAGCUUAUUUUGAGCUAUUGAUUUGUUUCUCAAAGUUGAAUUAAAGAUAUCGUGGUUUUCUGUUAAAAUUUCCUAUCAGUGAUUAAUGUAGUAUUGUUUCUGUAUCAUCUUCUUGCUUUACCCUCACUUGACUAAUGAUGAUUGUAGAAGAGUGAUGGCUUCUCAAGCUCUUUUCCCUUAUACCGAACAACAUUCAAAUGCAUGAGGUAAUGUGCUUCUUAA